AUGGGGCGUGAUUGGUCGGACGCAUCUACGCUGUCACCUCAACUUACCGCUUUGCGCAAGAUGACACGGGUUUUACCGCGCCUGACUGAAGAACUAGCGCUCAUCUACGGCGGUAAGCGGAGCGCCACCGUGGUUUGUAACAGUACUGUGGAGUUGUUGGCCAUGUCGCGCUCGGACUUCACAAAUAUAUUUAUGAGUGCGUCUCUUGAUCAAGGUGCAGAGCAUGUGGAAUUUCUUCGCGCCCACCCACUAAUGCCAGUCGCGGUGCUAAAGGUUAUAGAUGGGGCGAAUGAGAAAAUUCUUCUGUUCUCCUACUUUCGACGCGAUGCAGUCAUCUGUGCAGACAGUAACGAGAGUGACUGGAUCUACUUCAUCAAAUCUGGUCGGUGUCGCAUAAUGAAAAAUGUUCAGCUUCCGAGUAAGAGGAGAAAGGUACAGUCCUCCACACGUUCCAGCUACCAGAAUCGUGACUCCGUCUUGCCCCCUCAAAAAGCAUCAAAUAGAUCUCAAACAAAGCAGCAAUUACGCACCUAUUUUAUCACACUGAAAGUACUGGAACGGAAUGCUGUAUUU